AGACGCGGAUUUCAGUAAUGUCAAAGUUAAAGCGAAUCGUUUGGCCCCAGGUCAUUCUUUUUGGGGACUCUAUCACGCAGUUUGCUUUCCAAACUAAUGGAUGGGGCUCCGAAAUAGCAAAUAAACUAGUCAGGAAAUGCGAUGUGAUAAACCGAGGGUUGUCUGGCUACAACACCAGAUGGGCUAAGCUUGUGCUGCCUCGUAUCGUCGACCAAGCCAAUGCAGACGCAAACAUCGCUGCGAUCACCGUCUUCUUCGGAGCCAACGACUGCUCUUUACCGGACAGGAACCCCCAGCAGCAUGUGCCCCUGACGGAGUACACUCAGAACCUGAAGGACAUGGUCAAGCACCUGGCCUCUGUGGGCGUAGCCGCAGACAAGGUCAUCUUCAUCACCCCUCCGCCCCUCUAUGAGCCCGACUGGGAGAAGGAGUGUCUUAUGAAAGGCAGUCCCUUGAAUCGCCUGAACGCGGUGGCCGGGCAGUACGCCCAGGCCUGUGUUCAGGCUGCAGGGCAGUGUGGGGCGGAGGUGCUGGACCUCUGGACUCUGAUGCAGAAAGACGGGCAGGACUUCUCCGCCUACCUCUCAGACGGGCUGCACCUGUCCGACAAAGGCUGCUCGUUCCUGGCGGAGCACCUGUGGGGCCUGCUGGAAAGACGGGUCAACCCUUUACCCAUGAUCCUCCCCUACUGGGGCGACGUGGAUCCCAAAAGUCCAGAGACCAGCCUCCUCACCGAGAGCACUCAGGACAAAUGAGGCGGAGCCCACUGAAUGCCCCUACCUCCUGUAGUCUCACUGGCCACUGCUCCCGAAUGGCAGUCUUGUCCAAUGAGGGCAGUGGGCUUCCCUGGUAAUGCAUUUUAACUGCACUGCAGUGAAACUGGCUAGUGUUUCUGAAAUGCCUCUGUUAGAACACACGGUUCUACUACGGGUCACUUCGGCAUUUCAGAAAAGCA